CGGCAGUCCAGAAAAUCGAUAUCACAGGGAAGAAAGCAGCAGUGCACAGUACCAUCGAACGAACGACAGCAGACGACUGCGGCCCAUCGAAAAGGAGGUUAAAUUUAAGUGUGACCACCCAGAGCUGCCUAAACGUGCCGCACAAUGAACUACGGACGCAAAACGCCGUCGACGUACCGGUCGACACCGUCGGUAUACUCGCACAUUACCAGCCGAUCGCAAUCCAAUCUGCACUCGCAGCGAUCGCGCUCGAUGAAGUCCGUCAUGGUGCCCUGGUACCAAAAGCCGCUCCUGCACAACAACAAAUAUCUGGACAUUCAGCGCGGCGCCUUCAUCAUGGGCCUGUUCUCGAUCUUCGUGGCGAUCUUCACGAUCGGUACGGCCGUGUUUGACAUCUACUGCCUGGCGCUGGCAGCGCCGGGCUCGUCCCACUACGGCUACUACAUCAUCUCGUACGAGUUUGUGUACGUGGGCAAUGUGCACGUGCGCAAUGCGCUGAUGGUGGCCGCCCUGUUCUCGCUGAUCGGUGGGCUGGUCGUGCUGGUGACGAGCAUCAUGCUGGUGCACGCGUUGCGCAAGGAGUACGAAUCGAAGAUCGUCCCCUGGCUGUGGUCGUUUGCCAUCUUUACGCUGUUCCGGCUGCUGGCGUUCCUGUUCUUCUCGAUCGUGAACGAUCUGAUCUUCGCGUACAACAUACUGAUCACACUGAUCUGGAGCGUCAUCAUCGUGGCGUCCCUGUACGGCUGGCUGAUGGUGUACUCACUCUACCUGGAGCUGGCCGAUCUGACGAAGCUGGAAGAUCUGGCGCACCUGCGAAUGGGUACGAUGCAAUCGCUGAACGCGUCCGUAGCGCACUCGCUGGCCGGUUCGCGACCAACGACACCGCACAGUACCGUCUCGACUAUGCCGGUCGGCGACACGAAAUUCAUUUAGAAAGCCAUCUAUCCGACAAUGGUUCGACAUUAGCCGUCCGUACAUUCCGUCCACGUCGCAAAAGCGACACAACCCUCCGUACAAAUUGAAAAAAACGAGGACGACCAACCGCCAGUCUUGAUAAGGGAAAACGUAUCAUUAGUUAAGCGCACAAAACAAUCGAAGCACAGGUGUGUGUUUGUGUGCUAGUGCUGGGCAGAAUUAGAAGUGCCUGGUUUCGAACCGACCCGAAUCGAAAACGAAGCAGUCUUUUUUUUUAUUAAACGUUUAGUUUCGUAACCGUAAAAAAUAGCUCGUAAGACAGUUUUAAUGUGCGGUGACUUCACUUCUUCGGCGAUGGCGCAGGUUCGUCUCCUCGUCAACGUCAAAGAGAGGGAAGUGGCCAGCUAACGUUUUGUUUUAAACAUUCCACAGUGAUCAAUAAAUUAUUGAUUUCUCGUAUCGAA